AUGGCGGUUGAGUUGUUCUUUGAUCUUCUCUAUGUCGGCAUUAUUCAUAGCAAUGGCGAGCAUAUGUCGGAAGAGCCUAAUGGCCAUGAGCUGCUGCGUUUUGCCAUUACGUUUAUGAUGUCAUGGAAGAUCUGGACAGACAUCACUUCGGCCCUAAAUUGGUUUGAAACGGAUGAUCUCCUUACAAGAUUGGAGAUUCUAUUUGCUAUUGCUUGUCUCUUAGCCUUCACUACAAACAUGACCAACAGCUUUGCGGAAGAUAAAGGGUACUCAGUUGUAGGCAUCCUGUUCCAGAGCAAGGGUGGCUACAGUGUAAAUGCCUUUCUAGGCAAAGCUGUUCUAGGAUUGCUCCAGGCCUUUACCUUCAACUGGAUCUACUUCGACAUCGACUCAGAAAACAUCAGCCAGCAUGCGAUUCGUCGCUCUGCCACCGCCGCUACUCUAUGGCAGCUCGUCCACCUCCCAUUCGUCAUGGCCUAUAUUAUCUCGACAUAG